AGUUUCCUUGCAAUCUUCCGAAACCCUAAACCUAGCCGGUCCGAGAGAGAGAACAGGGUGACCGAAAGGGGGAUCGCCGGAGGAGUGGUGACCGGUGGUUAUUUGCUGGCGUUCGGCGGUCGAGCUCAGGUAAUUUGAUUCAUCUUAAAUCUUCUUCUUCCGGCCGGAGUUAUAUCAUCAACUACAUCAAUGCCGCAAUCUCACUGAAGUCUAUAAAAAAAAAUGCAUUCCCCUACCGUUGCUACCUGCUAAAUUUCUUAUUCUAUGGAAAAUCUCUAAUCAGUGAUAUGAAUGCAUGAAGAUGACGAAAUGUAUUCAUUGAUAUGCAUGUCCCAAUUAUAUAAUGAUUCAUGCUCUCUCUCUCUCUAUUUGUGUAUGGUUGGAAGUCAUUUACAAUCUUUUAAAGGUUAAUCUUCUAGCUUCUUGUUUGUAUUGCAUAAAUCUAACGGGCAUCUAGUAAUGCUUAUUGUAUAUAUUCGAAAGCUUCUGGUGAUAAUCGGACAGAAGUAGAAGUCCUGGAAGAAUCAUUUUAUCAGAUCCUCGUCUUAGAGCAAGUCGCGGAUUUUCAACUGUCUGGGGUUGAGGAAUAAUAAAAUAUUAUGGCUGAUCAUAAACGCAAAGCCGGCUUCCAGGAUGAAUGUUUCAUUGCAAAGAGGACCAAGGACACUGACUUAGGUGUAGGAGGUGGGGAAAAGGGAAGGGUUGAGAAAGAAAAUGAUGUGCUGGAAAGAAACCAGCCAGCUUCCAAUGAAACAAAUGGCCAAAAUGGAAGUAAUUCGCUGCAAGAGCUUUUGAAGGACUGCAAGAAAGACACUGAGAUCCCUGGGAUCAAUAGUGCAUCUGAAGAUGCAAGCUUGUGCAAUUCAAAAGUCGUACAUCAAGAAGCUUGCAAACUGUCAUGUAUUGAAGCUGAUGCAGCAGAAGACAAGGGUUCUAGACACACGAUGGAGGAUGCAUGGGUGGUUCUUCCAGAUGCAAGCUUGGAAUAUCCCGGAAACUUAAGAUGUGCACAUUUUGCAAUUUAUGAUGGACAUGGUGGUCGUUUGGCUGCUGAAUAUGCACAGAGAUAUUUACAUGCAAAUGUUCUUGUAGCAGGGCUACCACGUGAGUCGAUGGAUGUAAAAGCUGCCAAAAGGGCCAUCCUUGAAGGGUUUCGGAGAACUGACGAAUCAUUACUUCAAGAAAGUGCUAAAGGGAAUUGGCUAGAUGGUGCAACAGCUGUAUGCGUUUGGAUCUUGGGGCAAACAGUUUUAGUUGCUAAUAUUGGAGAUGCUAAGUCUAUAUUAGCGCGAUCAUCUUCUGCUGAUGGAUCCCUAAGUCUCUCAAAUGAAUCAAGAUCUACAUUGAAGGCCAUUGUGAUGACAAGAGAACACAAAGCUAUCUAUCCUCAAGAACGUGCUCGCAUUCAAAAAGCUGGAGGUUCUGUUGGUCCUAAUGGACGAUUGCAGGGUCGCCUUGAGGUUUCUAGAGCCUUUGGAGAUCGUCAAUUCAAGAAGGUGGGGGUUAUUGCAACCCCUGAUGUUCAUUCUUUUGAACUUACAAGAAGAGAGCAGUUCAUCAUUCUUGGUUGUGAUGGACUGUGGGGGGUUUUUGGACCAAGUGAUGCUGUUGAUUUUGUUCAGAAACAGUUAGAGGAAACAUCAUCGGCGACUACUGCAGCCCGCCGCCUUGUAAGGGAAGCUGUUCGUGAGCGACACUGCAAGGAUAAUUGCACGGCUAUAGUCAUUGUGUUCAGGCACAAUUAAUUGAUGCAUACAGUUUGGUUGGUGAACAACUUUUGUGUUGUGGCUAAUUGUGACUAAUGAUCCAUGACCUCCUGACACAAUCAUCGAUUCAGCUUGUAAGCCUGAAAGUGCAGUCACAGUAAGUCCUUCGAUAUUGUAUAUUAGAGGACUUGGUAUCCUUUUUGAUUUAGGGAAGCAGAUAUAUCAUAAUUAUUUUUUUAUAAAAAAUAUCAGAUUUAUGUCA